GAAAGAGGCUGAUUUGCGGCAGUAUUUCCUGAAGUAACGUGAUGUCAGAAUUUGCGACCGUUUACCAAAUAGCCAUGGCGGACGUAACGAAUAACGACAGCGUGAAGAUGGCGGAGGGGGAGCGGAGUGCCGAGGAACUCAAGGAGAAGGCGAAUAAAUACUUUAAAGAUAAGGACUACGACAAUGCCAUCAAGUAUUACACGGAGGCCCUGGAGCUGAACCCGGACAAUGCCAUCUACUACAGCAACCGCAGCCUGGCGUACCUGCGCACGGAGUGCUACGGGUACGCCCUGGCGGACGCCACGCGCGCCCUGGAGAUCGACAAGAACUACAUCAAGGGCUACUACCGCCGCGCUACCUCCAACAUGGCCCUGGGCAAGUUCAAGGCGGCUCUCAAGGACUACGAGACGGUAGUGCGGGUGCGGCCCAAUGACAAGGACGCGAAGAUGAAGUACCAGGAGUGCAACAAGAUCGUCAAGCAGAAGGCCUUCGAGAGAGCCAUAGCCAGCGACGAGCACAAGAAGUCGGUGGUGGACUCGCUGGACAUCGAGAACAUGAUGAUCGAGGAUGACUACACAGGGCCCAAACUGGAAGACGGAAAGGUGACGGUGAAGUUCAUGAAGGACAUGAUGCACUGGUUUAAGGAACAGAAAAAACUGCACAGAAAGUGUGCCUAUCAGAUUUUGGUCCAAGUCAAAGAGGUUUUAGCCAAGCUUCCGAGCCUGGUAGAAAUAGUGCUAAAAGAGACAGACAAGAUCACCAUCUGCGGCGACACGCACGGCCAGUUCUACGACCUCCUCAACAUAUUUCAGCUGAACGGCUUGCCCUCGCCGUCCAACCCCUACCUUUUCAACGGCGACUUCGUGGACCGCGGCUCCUUCUCCGUGGAGGUGAUCCUGACGCUCUUCGGCUUCAAGCUGCUCUACCCCGACUGCUUCCACCUCCUGAGGGGGAAUCAUGAGACGGACAACAUGAACCAAAUGUACGGUUUCGAGGGCGAGGUGAAGGCCAAGUACACAGCCCAGAUGUUCCAGCUGUUCAGCGAGGUCUUCCAGUGGCUGCCCCUGGCACAGUGCAUCAACGGCAAAGUGCUGGUGAUGCACGGGGGCCUGUUCAGCGAGGACGGGGUGACCCUGGACGACAUCAGGAAGAUUGAGAGGAACAGACAGCCUCCUGAUUCGGGCCCCAUGUGUGACCUCCUGUGGUCAGAUCCUCAGCCCCAGAACGGGCGGUCGAUCAGCAAGCGCGGGGUGAGCUGCCAGUUCGGCCCGGACGUGACUGAGCGCUUCCUGGAUCAGAACAAGCUGCAGUACAUCGUGCGCAGCCACGAGGUGAAGGGCGAAGGCUACGAGGUCACUCACUCAGGGAAGUGCAUCACCGUCUUCUCAGCGCCCAACUACUGUGACCAGAUGGGUAACAAAGGAGCAUAUAUCCACCUCAGGGGAUCCGACCUCAAGCCAGAGUUUCACCAGUUCACUGCUGUGCCUCAUCCGAAUGUUAAGCCCAUGGCAUACGCGAACUCCCUGAUGCAGAUGGGGAUGAUGUAGCGGCACGGAGGCCCCGCCCACCCGCGACCGCCACGUUCCCGCCCUCUCUCCUCCGUUCCACCGUCUGCCCGUUUCUGUUUUUUUUUUUUUUUUUUUUUAAUUUAACGAACGGCAAAGUCCUCCCACUCCACCUACGCCAUCCCCCCCCCCCCGACCCCACC